ACACUGCGAUUCAGAUCAGUUAAAGGCUCAGGAUAACCCAUUAAGUGCUCAAACAUGCCUAUUUCCAACUCUUCCGGGUCUUCGACAAAAAGCAUCACCAGAGCAGGGUCCGAACUUGACAGAGCAGACUCUAUAACGUCUCCAAGGUUCGUGGGCAGAAGACAGAGCUUAAUAGAGGACGCUAGAAAAGAAAGGGAAGCAGCGGCCGCGGCGGAAUCGUCAGAAGCGAGCGAGCAAAUCGUUUUUGAUGAGGAGGACGGUAAAGCAUUGCUCAACCUUUUCUUCACGCUUCGAAGUUCUAAGAUCCCCGCACUCUCUCGUGCUCUCAAGGUUUUUGAGACAUUUGAGGCGAAAAUCCAUCACUUGGAAACCAGAACCAGGCGGAAGCCAAAGGACAGCCUCGAGGAUCUAGAGUACUUCGUGCGUUGCGAGGUUCAUCUGGCUGACGUCAGCACUCUCAUCAGCUCUAUCAGGAGGAUUGCGGAAGAUGUCAGAACCACCAAAGAAGUUAAAUUUCACUGGUUUCCAAAGAAAAUUUCAGAGCUGGAUAGCUGUCAUCACCUGGUCACAAAAUUUGACCCAGACUUAGACCAAGAUCACCCGGGAUUUACAGAUCCGGUCUACAGGCAACGAAGAAGGAUGAUCGGAGAAAUCGCCUUCAGAUAUAAGCAUGGUGAACCAAUCCCAAGAGUGGAAUAUACUGAAGAGGAAAUUGGCACGUGGAGGGAGGUGUACUCCACGCUGAGGGACCUAUAUACCACUCACGCAUGCAGUGAACACUUGGAGGCUUUCCGGCUACUGGAGAGACAUUGUGGAUACAGCCCCAAUAGCAUUCCUCAGCUGGAGGAUGUGUCCCACUUUCUCAAAGAGCGCACAGGGUUCCAGUUGCGGCCGGUGGCGGGCCUCCUCUCAGCGCGGGACUUCCUGGCCAGCCUGGCCUUCCGCGUGUUCCAGUGCACUCAGUACAUCCGUCACGCGUCCUCGCCCAUGCACUCGCCUGAGCCGGACUGCGUUCACGAGCUCUUAGGCCACGUCCCCAUGCUGGCUGACCGAACAUUCGCCCAGUUUUCUCAGAACAUUGGCCUUGCAUCACUGGGAGCUUCAGAGGAAGACAUAGAGAAACUCUCGACACUCUACUGGUUCACUGUGGAGUUCGGGCUGUGCAAGCAGGGCGAUGGUGUGAAGGCAUAUGGAGCUGGCCUCCUCUCCUCCUAUGGAGAGCUGGUGCACUCGCUCUCGGACGAGCCGGAGAGGCGGGAGUUCGAUCCCGAGGCCGCCGCCGCGGAGCCCUACCAGGACCAGAACUACCAGUCCGUCUACUUCGUUUCCGAGAGUUUCACCGACGCAAAGGAGAAACUCAGGGUGUAUGCGGCGGGCAUCAACAGGCCAUUUUCGGUGAGGUUCGACCCCUACACCUACAGCAUAGAGGUCCUGGACAACCCCCUUAAGAUCCGCGGGGGCCUGGAGUCUGUGAAGGACGAGCUGAAGGUUCUCACGGACGCGCUCAACGUGCUAGCGUAGCACCAACGCUAGGCCGACGCUGCAGUCCGUCCGCUGUCCGCUCUUUCACGUGUACCGUUUUAUUAUUAAUAUGCGCUUCUGUGUUCAUCCGCUGCAGCUGGGAUUAUACUGGGCCGAUAUAGUGAAAUAUAGAAGGUCAUUUAAACGCACAAAAACUUGAAAACUGAUAAAAGAAAGUGAAAUCGCACACUACUUUGGCACUCCUAUCUGAAUGAUCACAGGACAACACAGGAUUUUUUCACCAUCAACCGAUCAGACUAGGAAGACCCUUAUGUAUUUGAGCAUUGUCCUGUGUGUACGUGUGUGCGCUAAUAAAGCUAAUUAUUUGGGCGCACAACAGGUAUGUGUGGACUUUAUUUAAUCUUAUAGCAAGGAUAAACUUGAAACCUCAGAUUGGAUGAAUUUCCAAAGGCUGAGGUGGAGCAAGUUUGUAUUCAAAUAAGUGCUUAAUGGGGCUUAGUAAUUGGCAGCAUUUCCUUGCUUUAAAGGUAAGCCAAUACCAAAACGUAACACAUUUUCAGCCAUAAAUCAUUUCAGACCUGGAAUGUAUGUAUGUUUUCUGGAAAUGUAACCAUGUUGUGGUACUUCUGUGUGUCAUUAAAAUUAAAAACAUCAAUCAAUUCAAGAACUAUGUUCAUUACAAUCGCAUGUGUAUAAAAUAUGAAUAAAUAUAGUGUUUUGAUUAUAGUUCUCAUUUAUUAAUUUAAUUUAAAGCUAUCUUUCUUCCUGUGAACAAAGUUUACAUAGUUCUGAAAAUUAAUAAAUAGAAAUGUGUUUCUUUGCAAUUAAAUGGCCAUUUAAAACAUGUUUUAUUGCUCUACCUAACCAUUGGCGAAGUAAGGAAAAUACUGCUUCUAUAUAAUAGAUGCAAUUAAAUAAAACCAUUUUAAAAAUC